AUGGUAUAUGCAUACCACGGCCCAUUAAUCUAUGAGGCGAAAAUCAUCAAGGUUAAAAAAGCCGAUGAAUCGUAUAUCCUCAAUAGUGAUUUGCAAAAAGAAACUUUUGAGCAGAAUAGCGGUAAGUUUGAUGUCUUAAAAUGGGAAGGACUUGAUGCAUAUUUGUUACAUUACCAAGGCUGGAACUCUAAAUGGGACGAGUGGGUAGGGUUUGAUCGGAUUCUAGAGAUAAACGAAGAGAAUAAGUUUAAGAAAUUGGAAUUGGAACAGUUGACCAAGAAGAAAAAGAGUAAGCGGGAAAGCAACUCGUCUGAUAAUGGCAAGGGUGGUGGCAGCGGUAAUAAGAGGCUGAAGAUUUCAAGUACAAGUGCUGGGAAUGGUUCAAAGUUGCAGCAAAAGAAGAUAUCAACCAUCAAUCUCAAAUUCCCAGUAGAGUUGAAAUACGUGCUUGUUAACGAUUGGCAGUAUAUUACAAAAGAUAAAAAGUUGGUGAAACUCCCAACGGAGUACUCUGUAAAUUCAAUAUUACAGGAGUACAAGAGCUGGAGAUCAAGCAAACUACAAAAACAUCAAGUUUCAAUAUUGGUGGAAAUUAUCACCGGCCUUGAAUUGUAUUUUAAUAAAGCGGUUACACUAGUCUUGCUUUAUAAAAAUGAGCGGUUACAACAUCUCGGGCUAAUCAAGAAUAAUACUAUAACGAGAGAUAUGGGGAAUAGUAAAGUGUAUGGAUAUGAACAUUUACUAAGAUUAUUAAUUUCGUUCCCCAAUUUGAUUAGCCAAACUACAAUGGAUUCGUUAAGUAUCAGUGUAUUAGUACUGGAGUUGGAAGAAUUGUUGAACUACUUGAAAGAGAAUAUGACAGUCUACCAAAAUGAUUACGAAUACACAAGCCCACAAUACGAUAGUUUAGCAAGAGUGAAAUCGGUGCUAUUACAGAUAUAUGCGUGUUCUUUCUUAACGACGGUAUUUGCACUGUUGUCUAAUAUCUCAUUUGAAAAACUUCAGAAACGUCAUCAAGAUGUUGAAUCAAUAUUUUCGUCAAAAGGUCCCACGUCUCUUGUAUUGCAAGAGUUUGAUAAGUUGGUCCACGAUUUGGAAUUGGCUAUAGAAGGUGAUAAUGACUCAAUAGUGGGGAAGAAAGUUGGCUCCUUGUUAAUGCCUCAGGUGCUCUUCAAAAGAGCAAUGAUUGAGAUCAAUUUGAAUAAGGACACGUUGGCAAUUAUUGACUUGCAACAGGUGUUGGGCCUUGCACCAGCAAUGACCCCAGCUAGAGAUAAACUUGUUGAGUUGUUGAUAUCUAGAGGCGAUUUUGAAAAGUUGGAAGCCUUUCUUGAGGAGAAGGACAAAAAGAAGGAGAGGGAUAACUCGGAGAUUUGGCAGGUUAUAAAUAAUUACAAGACACACUGGAAACAAGCAAAUUUAGCUUAUAACCAAAAGAAUUAUGAAGGAUGCGUAGAUGAAUUGAAUAAGGUGGUGGACAUUUGUUCGUCAAAUUACGAAGUGUGGAAGUUGUACUUGAAUUGUCAAUUGCAAAAUUACAAGAAUAAUUCCACAAAAUACUAUACAUUUGAUAAUGAAUCACAACCAUUGAACAAGAUCAUCAUUAAGAUACUCUUAAACAUUAUCAAGAUCAGACCUUAUCAAACAUGGAGCUACGAUUUAUUAUCCAAGUUUCAAAUCUACACAGAGAUUAAUUUUGAACAAGCUCAAAAUAGUAUCAAAAGUUGUAUUCAAAUAGAUAAUGAAUCCGAUUGCGGAGCAAUGGCGAAAUUUUGCUCGCGAUUUAGUGAAUUUUUCAAAGCUUUGGAAACUUAUUCUAUACUCAAUGAUCAUUUGUGCAGUGAGCUGCUGGAUUUGAAGGCAGAGGAUAUGAAUAAUUAUAAAAUUGAUUAUAAGCAAGUAGCUAACUUUUUGCUCAAUGAUAAGGUAUCUAAUGAAGUUAAACGGAAAGGGUUUAAAAACAACUUUGAGUAUUUGAGAUUCAAGGGGGAAGAAUUCUCAAAAGAGUAUACACAUUUCGGUGAUGGCGAUGAGUUGAUAUUCUUGGCUGAUUUGCAAAAGAUAGCUUGUGAAUCAUUGAUUCAAAUUGGUGAUUCAAAGUAUUCGGCAUUUUGUAGCAAGAUCAAGGAUAGUCGCGAGCACCCACACUUUUUUCCAAAUUACAUUCCUCAAAUCGAUAAGUUAUUGAAACAGAAGAAAUUUGCUGAAGCAGAGGAAAUCUUGGGAAGAUUCAACAAAAAUGUCAAACAAACUGAAUUGUUUAAAAAUCGGGCCUCGAAAGUUGAACAAUGGAGGCAACAGCAACAGCAACAACAAUAUCAACAACAUCAACAACAUCAACAGCAACAACGACAGCGUUACCACCAGCAGCAGCAGCGACAACAACAGCAACAAUACCAGCAGCAGCAGCAGCAGCAGUAUCGACAGCCCAAUAGGAAAUCCAAAAAUGACUAUUACAAAAUCCUAGAUAUUCCACACGAUGCCGAUGAGAAAACUAUUCGGAAAGGUUAUAAAACACAAACACUCAAGUACCAUCCAGACAAAUACAAAGGUAAAGACUUAUCAUCUGAACAGAUUGAGAAGAAGAUGCAAGACAUAAAUAAGGCAUAUGAAAUACUUUCCGAUAAGGAGUUAAGAGAAAGGUAUGAUCGUGGAGAUGAUCCUAAUGAUCCUAUGAACACGGCACAAAGUCAACCACAAUGGCAACAAUACCGAGGGUCAUCUAAUCCUCACGGACAAGAACAAUAUACGUUCAAUUUUGGUGGUGCAAACAGUCAUGAUUUUUUUCAACAAUUCUUUGGUGGUAUGGGCGGUAUGGGCGCCACGUUACUGGCUAUCUUAUCCACCAUUGAUGCGUCUCCUGCUUUUAAAUUGCUGGAGAGUAAUAUCUUGAUCAAUCAAAAAGACUUUCAAUCAUCUGAGGAUGCCGCUGUUGCUGCUGCUGCUGCUGCUGCUGCUGCUGUUGGGGGUAGCAGCAGUGACGAAGGUGCCGGUGGUGAUUCCGAUAUUGCUGCUUCUCAGCUUUAUGAGGAUUUUGAGCCAUUUGCUUUGGAUGAGGAUUUAAUUGACGAGACAAUAUAUAGUCAAUUACCCGAAAUCGAUAGUGAAAAAUUGCAAAGUUUAGUUGAUCGAGCUAAUUUGAGAAAAAGAGCUGAAACUUUGUAUGCCAUUGCUCAGAAAUCACAACACAAGUAUGGACAUCCAACUAGAGUUAUUGGUUCUCCUGGACAUUUUGCUACUGUUCAUUAUAUCAUUCGAGAAUUGCGUAAGUUGCACGGAUAUUAUAAUAUCAAAACCCAAAGCUUUAAAGCAGUUGAUGGUCACGUUGAUUCGUUUUCGUUACUAAUUGAUGGGAUACAACCGAAAAAUUUGCAGGCGUUGGCUUUGACACCGCCCACACCUGAUAAGAAACCAGUUCAUGGAUCAUUGACUCUUGUUUUGAAUAAUGGCUGUUCUUUGCAUGAUUUUCCACAAAUAGCCAAGGACAAUAUCGUGUUGAUUAAACGAGGUGAAUGUUCUUUUGGCGAUAAAUCAAGAAAUGCUGGUAAAGUAGGAGCCAAAGCUGCAAUUAUAUAUGACUCGAACGGUCCAUUACUGGGUACUUUGGGUACACCAAUUGGGGAAGAAGUACCUACAUUAUCAGUUGAUCAAAAAGACGUUGCUUCAUAUAUUGACGAAUUGAACAAGAAUCCAAACCACAAAUUCGAGACUACAUUAUAUAUCGAUUCCUAUGUAAAGAAUAUUACUACAUUGAAUGUUGUUGCAGAAACAGUAUUUGGAGAUCACAACAACGUUGUUAGCUUAGGAGCGCAUUCAGAUUCAGUUGGCGCGGGACCCGGUAUAAACGAUGAUGGUUCAGGGACAAUUUCAUUGUUGGAAGUUGCCAAAAUAUUGAAAGAUUUUAAAAUCAAUAAUGCAGUUAGAUUUGCAUGGUGGGCAGCUGAAGAAGAAGGGUUAUUAGGCUCCGAAUAUUAUGCUAGUCAUUUAACUCAAGAGGAAAAUUCCAAGAUUCGAUUAUUUAUGGAUUACGAUAUGAUGGCUUCACCAAAUUAUGAGUAUGAGAUUUAUAAUGCAAACAAUAAAGAUCAUCCUCAAGGUAGUGGAGACUUGAAGGAUCUUUAUGUUGCUUGGUAUGAAAAACAUGGAUUGAACUAUACAUUUGUUCCCUUUGAUGGCAGAUCAGAUUAUGUUGGAUUUAUCAACAAUGGUAUACCAGCCGGUGGUAUUGCAACUGGAGCAGAGGGUGUUAAGAAUAGCACAUCAAGAGAGAAAUUUGGUGGAGAGGUUGGGAAAUGGUUUGAUCCAUGUUAUCAUCAAAAAUGUGACGAUUUAUCUAAUCCAAAUUAUGAUGCAUGGGAAAUCAAUACUAAGUUAAUUGCUCAUUCUGUUGCUGUGUAUGCCAAAUCAUUCGAAGGGUUCCCUAAAAGAGAAUUAAAAGAGGAUAAGGUACAAUUGAGUAGUAGUAGUAGUACACCCGAGUUUGGUACCGAAUUUAUCAGAAGAGGUGAUAAAUUUGUUAUUUAA